AGAGAAGGGAGACCUUAGAGCAGCUUCCAGUGCUGAAAGGGGCUCCAGGAAAACUGAGGAGGGACUUUUUACAAGAGCAUGGAGUGAUAGGAUGUGAGGGAAAGCCUUUAAAUUGGAAGGGGGAUGAUUUAGAUUAGACAUUAGGAAGAAAUUCCUCACCACGAGGGCGGUGAGGCCCUGGCCCAGGUUGCCCAGGGGAGCUGUGGCUGCCCCCUCCCUGGCGGUGUUCAAGGCCAGGUUGGAUGGGGCCUUGAGCAGCCUGAUCCAGUGGGAGGUGCCCCUGCCCAUGGCAGGGGGGUGGAACUGGGUGGGCUUUAAGGUUCCCUCCAUCCCAUUCUGUGUCCUGGGUGUUGGGGGCUCUGAGGAGCCCUGGGCUGGAGCAGCCCUUGUGGGGGGCACAGCCUGUCUGUCCCCGCAGGCCAUGGCGCAGUUCGUGUUCGAGGCAGACCUGCACGGGCUGCUCAAGCUGGACACCACCAUCCCCAACGCGCCGCCCGCUCGCUGGCAACGCAAAGCCAAGGAGGGCAGCGGCCCCGGGUGCAGCCCCACCAUCGGCAUGUCCCCCAUGAAACCGGCCAAUCGCUCCCACAGCUGCAGCAAGACUCCGUCCAGGACACCCGGUAAAUCUGGAUCUAAAACCCAGAAGACUCCAACAAAUGCUGGGCCGGAUCGCUACAUUCCCAACCGCAACACCAUGCGGAUGGAGAUGGCUAAUUUCCUCCUGACCAAAGAGAAUGACCCUGCUGAGGAGUCGCCUACCAAGAAGGAACGCCAGAAAGCCUGGGCAGUGAAUCUGAAUGGCUUUGAUAUAGAAGAGUCAAAGAUCCUCCGUCUCAGUGGAAAGCCACAGAAUGCUCUGGAAGGCUAUCAGAACAACCUGAAAGUGCUCUACAGUCAAAAGAUGACGCCUUCAUCCAGCAAGAAGAGUGCCAGAUAUAUUCCGUCAAUGCCAGACCGGAUCCUGGAUGCCCCGGAGAUCCGCAAUGACUAUUAUCUGAAUCUCAUUGACUGGAGCACUCGGAACUUCCUGGCAGUGGCUCUGGACACCUCCGUCUAUCUGUGGAACCACACCACAGGGGAAAUUAUAAAGCUGAUGGAGAUGGAGCACACAGCUGAGUACGUUUCCUCUGUGUCUUGGGUUGAAGAAGGAAACUACCUUGCCAUUGGCACAAGUAACGCUGAGGUCCAGUUAUGGGACAUCCAGCAGCAGAAACGUCUUCGCAAUAUGACCAGCCACUCUUCCCGUGUGGGCUGCCUAAGCUGGAAGAGCUACAUCCUCUCCAGUGGGGCACGGAGCGGCCACAUCCAUCACCAUGAUGUCAGAGUGGCUGAGCAUCAUGUAGCCACGCUUGCUGGCCACACACAGGAGGUAUGUGGUCUCAAAUGGUCUCCAGAUGGCCGCCACCUUGCUAGUGGUGGCAAUGACAAUCUAGUGAACAUCUGGCCAAGUAUCCACGGGGGCAGUGGAGGACUUACUCCUGUCCAAACCUUCACUCAGCACCAAGGCGCUGUCAAGGCUGUGGCGUGGUGUCCAUGGCAAUCCAGUGUUCUGGCCACUGGAGGUGGGACCAGUGACAGGCAUAUCCGCAUCUGGAAUGUGUGUUCUGGCACCUGCCUCUGUGCUGUUGAUGCCCGUUCCCAGGUCUGCUCUAUCCUAUGGUCAACGAACUACAAGGAACUAAUUUCAGGCCAUGGCUUUGCACAGAAUCAGCUGGUUAUAUGGAAGUACCCUACAAUGGUCAAGGUCACAGAGCUGCAAGGUCACACUGCAAGAGUCUUGAACAUGACUAUGAGCCCUGAUGGUGCAAUAGUGGCCUCAGCAGCUGCUGAUGAAACACUGAGGCUCUGGCGCUGUUUCGAGAUGGACCCCAUAAAGAAAAAGGAGAAAGAGAAAGCGAACAGCAUCAAAAGCAGCAUCAUUCACCAGAGCAUCAGAUAAAUGCACGAGUUUGGUGUGGGGAGUGGGAAAGUCUGGUUUACACACUGUACAGUAUUUUAAACGUUA